GGGAAAGGGCCGUUACUUGUCAGGAAGGGUUAGCAAGAACAGAGGCUGCUUUUUCUCGUCUCAAGCUACCAGCCAUCAACACAUUCCGUGGAUUAAAGUCGACAUUUCUUUCCCUUUGGAUACUGAAUAUUAUUAUUGGGAAGUUUCGGAAUAAAGAAGCCGAGGCACGAUACUUAUAAAUCUAUCUAGAGAGGAGCUACAACUUGGUGGGAGCGUCUAAUGUACAGAACGAAACUGAAGCAACUUGCCAGCUGUCUGGCCAAGCUUCGAGUGUCUGAAUGCCAACUCUGUGGGUGAUGGAGUUGAGCAGGCAACUCUGUGGGAAGAUGAGGAGAUCCAGUAAGAGGGUCCAACUGUCCUCUUCUCCUUCUUCCAUUCGGGGCUUGGAAAUCCACUUUUACACAGAGGAGGUGCAACCGAUAGAGUACUUCAAAGGCUGCUUCACCGCAUUGGAGCUCGGUGUGGAGGCUGCAAAGAAAUGCUCAAUCUCUCCCUUGUGCCAUAACCUAUAUGCCCUUUACGAUGAGACAACUUGCACAUGGUACCCCCCCACCUUUGAGUUCAACAUCACAGAUGAAACCAGUGUCAAGUUGCACUAUCGCAUGAGGUUUUAUUUCAGAAACUGGCAUGGCACCACUGAAGGAGAGUCUCCAGUGUGGAGGCACUGCAUCAGUAAACUCAAAGGAGGACUCAGCCCCAAGAAAACUCCAGAAGGAACUCCCUUACUGGACGGGGCCUCUCUCGACUACCUGUUUUCCCAGGGCCAGCAUGACUUUGUGAAAGGCGUGGUUCCACUGAGGAUCUCUCACUCAGAGGCAGACCAACACGAGAUAGAAAAUGAAUGUUUGGGCAUGGCUGUGCUUGCCAUCACCUACUACAACAUGAACAUGACCACAGAUAUGUCCUCGCCCACGGCUUCCCAUGAAAUCAGCUACAAACGUUUCAUCCCGGAGUCGCUGAACCUCAACAUUAAGCGGCGCAACUUCCUGACACGCAUCCGCAUCAACAACGUCUUUAAGAAAUUCCUCAAUGAAUUCAACCAGCGCACAAUGAAGGACAGCAACAUCACGCCGUACGACCUGAAGAUCAAGUACCUGGCCACGCUGGAGGGUCUGACCAGCGGGCUGGGCAGCGAGCUGCAGGAGCCCCUGUCCCUCAGUGUGACCCAGGAGGGAGAUCUCCUCAAUGGAGGGUACAAUGGGUACUACCACCAGAGCCAAGUGCAGAGCCUGAGCCAGAACAAGGAGAAGAGCCACGACAUGCAGGUCCUGGUUUCUGGAACCACUGGCAUUUCCUGGAGGAAGAAGCCUGCUACAACACCUCUGAUCGUCAAAGAAAAGGGCAAGUCGAAGAAGAACAAGUUGGAUGAAAAUCUGAAAAAUGACGACUGGGUGGUGUUCUGUGACUUCCAUGAGAUCACACACACUGUGAUCAGAGAGGCCAUGGUCACCAUCUACAGACAGGACAACAAGAAGAUGGAGCUGCACAUGCCCUCUAGGGUGGAAGCUCUGUCCUUUGCGGCCCUAGUUGAUGGGUACUUCCGGCUGACAGUGGAUGCCCAUCACUUCCUGUGCAAGGAGGUGGCCCCUGCUUCAGUGGUGCACAACAUCAACAACGGCUGCCAUGGACCCAUCUGCACGGAGUACGCCAUCCAAAAGCUCCGUCAGGAGGGCAACGAGGAGGGCACCUACGUCCUACGCUGGAGCUGCACCGACUACCAGUACAUCAUCAUCACUGUGGUCUGCACUGAGAUCGACCUGAAGGAGUCUCGUACUGUGCGUCAGUAUAAGAACUUCCAGAUUGAGGUGGCCCCCACUGGGUUCCGCUUGUACGGCACUGAGACGGUCCGGGCCACUCUGUUCGAGCUGCUGGAGCACCUGGAGGGCCAAAGCCUUCGCACAGACCAUCUCCAGUUCCAGCUGCAGCGCUGUUGCCCUCCACAGCCUAGAGAGAUUUCUAACCUGCUGGUGGUAACCAAAGAAAGAGAACCGCUGCUUCUGACUCCCAUGCAGGGGAGUCAGGUCAGCUUCCAUCGCAUUCUCAAGGAGGAAAUCAAACAGGAGGAGCACCUUGGCCCGGGCACAAGAACCAACAUCUACUCAGGCUCACUGAUGGUGAAAAGUAUAGAGGACGAUGAGGAGAAUGGAGGGAACUCAUCCUCCCAGCAGGUGAAGGUGGUCCUGAAGGUGCUGGGUUCUGGACACAGGGACAUCUCACUGGCCUUCUUCGAAACAGCCAGCAUGAUGCGACAAGUGUCCCACAAACACAUAGUACUGCUUUAUGGAGUGUGUGUCCGCAACCAGGAGAAUAUCAUGGUUGAGGAGUUUGUGCAGCUAGGACCCCUGGACUUGUUUAUGAGGAGACAGCAGACGCCCCUCAGCACACCGUGGAAGUUCCAGGUGGCCAUGCAGCUGGCCUCAGCUCUCAGCUACUUGGAGGACAAAAAGCUGGUCCAUGGCUUUGUGUGUGCUAAAAACAUCCUGCUGGCCAGAGACGGGCUGGACGCGGAUGAAGGAGGGCCCUUCAUCAAGCUCAGCGACCCAGGAAUACCAAUUACAGUACUCACCAGAGAGGAGUGUGUGCAUCGCAUUCCAUGGAUCGCUCCUGAGUGUGUGAACAGCAUGUCCUCCCUGAGCGUCCCAGCUGACAAGUGGGGCUUUGGUACCACCCUGUGGGAGAUCUGCUAUGAUGGAGAGGAACCCCUCAAAGACAAGAAACUGACAGAGAAAGAGCGCUUCUAUGCAAUGGAGUGCCAACUGGCCACCCCAGACUGCCAAGAGCUGGCUCACCUGAUGACCGACUGCAUGAACUACGACCCCAAGAAGAGACCUUUCUUCAGGGCUAUCGUCAGAGAAAUAGUCAACCUUCCAGAUAAAUACCCAUCCUUCAAAGCCCAGCCUCAAACAGGGGUGGACCCAACUAUGUUUGAAAAGAGAUUCUUGAGGAAGAUCAGAGAUCUGGGCGAGGGCCACUUUGGCAAAGUGGAGCUGUGUCGCUACGAUCCUCGAGGAGAUAGAACCGGAGAGCUGGUGGCGGUGAAGUCCUUGAAGCCGGAAAACCGGGAGGAGCAGAGCAACAACCUCUCGAGUGAGAUUGACAUCCUGAAAGCACUCUACCAUGAAAACAUUGUCAAAUACAAGGGCAUCUGCCAGGAGGAAGGUGCUCAGGCCAUUAAGCUGAUCAUGGAGUACCUUCCCCUGGGCAGUCUGAAGGAGUAUCUCCCCCGAAACAAAAGCAAGACCAGCCUCGGCACCCUGCUCAGCUACUCUGAACAGAUCUGCAAGGGAAUGGAGUAUCUUGGAUCCCGAAACUACAUCCACCGUGACCUGGCUGCCCGAAACGUGCUGGUGGAGAACGAGAGGACCGUGAAGAUCGGAGAUUUCGGCCUAACCAAAAGCAUCAAGGAAAACGAGGGAUAUUACACCGUCAAAGACGAAAACGACAGCCCUGUUUUCUGGUAUGCUCCAGAGUGUCUGACUCACUGCAAGUUCUACCUGGCGUCAGACGUCUGGUCCUUCGGGGUGACCAUGUACGAACUCAUCACCUACUGCGAAUCCUCCAAGAGCCCGAUGACGCUCUUCCUUGAUAUGAUUGGUCGAACUCAAGGACAGAUGACCAUCAUCCGCCUGGUGAAGGUGUUGGAGGCUGAGCGGAGGCUGCCUCGUCCUGAGUUCUGUCCUGAGCCUGUGUACGAGCUGAUGCGCAAGUGCUGGGAGCACAAGCCGGAGAGGAGAAUCACCUUCGAGCGCCUGGUGGAGGAGCUGAGCAACAUGCAGCAGCAGCUCCAGCCUCAGGACCACAUUUAAACCGCCUCAGGUUUAAGGCUCUGGAAGGGAAGUUAUCUUCUACCUGCAGACCCCAGAUCUGCAUCUGCAUGUGUCGCUUCAUUUGGCUGAAAGACAGUCCUGAAGAAUCAGAGCUUCACACAACCCUUCAACAAUCCUGAAAAAACGUAUUGUCCCAUCUGUCAUUUUACUAUGUUUGUGUUUCUCAUUUUUGUUUUUCUAUUUCGAUGUUUCCUCAUUUUAUUCUGGAUGAAACAAGUACAUAUAUAUGUAGCCUUAGCUCACGCUAAAUGUGCCGUUAUAUCUUACAAAAGGACUUCCAAGUGUAUCUAAGGGAUUGAACUGUCCGCGUCGCCACAAAUGUCAAACUCGCUGCUCCGUAAUGUGCGCCGAAGGCCUUUAUAAUCAUGUGGACUCUUACUGAUGGACUUGGGAGAUGGAGGCCGAGCAGAGUCGUUGUUUGGAUGGAUGGACACAGGCAUUAACACAGACACUGAUGAUGUGUUUUUCAACAUGUCUCAUGGACUCCUGUCGGGAGGAAAUCCCAUGAUUUUUUAUUUUUGUAGUGAGAGACGGAGAGAUCGGAGCGAUCUGUGGCAGAUUGAUGUUAAUGAAGUGCAGACGCAGUCUAAGAACUGGCUUAAAGAGUCAGUAAUGUUUUUUUCACUUUGUUGUUGACAUUAGAUGUUUUUCCUUUUUAGCUAUAAUGCAAAACCCUUCAUUCCUGGGGAGUUUCUGCUUUUAUUAGUUUUAUACUGUCAAGCUAUUAUUAUAAGGAGAUAUCUUACGUUUAAUGACAUUGUUAAAAGCAUCUUUCCUCAUUUUCGCACAUUAGACAAAUGAAUCGAGGAAUUAUUCCACAGAUCACUAGAUAUUCAGUUAGUGGCCGGACACAAACGAGAGCACUUUCUCUGUCAAAGAGCUGUAUCUACUUUUAUUUGACUAAUGUCUCAUCUUCCAUGUGGUUUCUUCAAAUCUGCAGACAUCACAUAUAUUGCACCGAGUUAUAGUUGGAGGUAGUUCAGUUUUUGUUCUCUGUCCUAAAUGUAAUUGAACUCUUUAAGUACCUGGGAGAGACACUUGAGGGCAGUAUCACUUCACUACUGUUUGUGUAGCUUUCAAAACAAUAUAUUAUCAAAUGUCUAUACUAUACAGAAUAUUGCAAAAACAAAAAAGAGCCAUGUUUAGGAUUGUAUAUGCAAGGACUUCAGAUGGUACAGUUUCAAGAGAGAAUAAUUGAUCAUGGAUUAUUCACAUGGCAUUUUAUGUUCAGCAAAAUAUAUAUUUUUCUUUUUGUGACUUUCAUAAUUACCUAUGUGUAAUUUCUAUCCAAUAUGCCAGAAUAUUCAUAAAAAAUGUAUUUUAUCUGCGA